GUAUGUCCGGCCAGGGGGUGGCUUCGUCCCCAACUUCCAGCUCUUCCAGAAAGGGGACGUGAAUGGGGCCAAGGAGCAGAAGGUCUACACCUUCCUGAAGAACGCCUGUCCCCCAGUGGCAGAAGAGUUUGGGAACCCCAAGAACCUCUUCUGGGAGCCCUUGCGGAACCAUGACAUCAAGUGGAACUUUGAGAAGUUCCUGGUGGGCCCUGAUGGCGUGCCUGUCAUGCGCUGGUACCACCGUGCCAACAUCGCUGUCGUAAAGAAUGACAUCAUUGCCUACAUGAGGCAACAGCAGGGCCAGUAG